GUCCAUGCCAUAUGUUUGUCGAGAAAGCAACCGGAAGCAACGUCACUGAGUGGGUGAUAUCUUCACUUCCUGUAUGAAGGGUCACUACAAGAUGGCACCGUCCAGGCGCAGUCAUGCCAACAACACGGCUUGCGUUAUCCCUGGAGGAUUUACAGUGUUGCCCUUGAAGUUUAACUCAGACACAAAAUCUGAACACAAGUUGUACGUGAAGGAGCACAAAGUUCGGGCAGAAAAGAGUUCCCACCGACCGCUCGACCGGACGUUGUUUGUCCUCAACAUCCCACCAUACUGUCCGGAGGAUGUCGUCAAAGAACUGUUCUCACGGUUUGGCUCUGUUAAGUCAGUGGAGUUGAGUGACCACCCGGGCUCAUUGCUUCAGUCUGGGCCCAAACUGUCCAGAUUCUUUACACCAGCUCCAAAACAGAGCUUCAACGUUGGUUACAUUGUCUUCCGAAGCCCGUCCUCCGUUUCAGCCGCUAAAUCGCACCCCUGCAACGUGCCUUUGGUGGUCUGCUCACCCCAGCGAACAGUUAAGACAGGAGUAUCAAAAUGGAUCCAGCAGUACAAAGACUCCUUUGUUGAUGCGGACACGCUACAAAAUGUAGUCGAUGAGUUCAUGAAGGACUUUGACAAGAAGAAAGAAGAAGAAGAGAAGCGCUUGAAGCAGGAGGCGGAGCAACAAAAAGAGGAUGAGGAAGGCUGGGUGAAAGUCGGCAGGGGGCAAAAAGGCAACAAAGCACGUCCCCACAGUGAGGCCGCCAACCAAAAGACCCUCCGGAAGGAGAUGAUGAAGAAAAAGAGGAAGGAGCUCGUGAACUUCUACUCUUGGCAGCAUAAAAACACUCAAAAAGAACAUAUUGCUGAGCUCAGGAAAAAGUUUGAGGAGGACAAACAGAGAAUAGCGCUACUGAGGGCACAAAGAAAGUUUAGACCAUAUUAAAACACAACUGUUGUGCAUUUGCUCAGUUGACUGUGGACAAAAUUUAUUUCAUCCUUGUAAAAUUUCGAGCUUACUUCUUUGCAAUGGAAACGUCAAAGUAACUUGUUACAGAACUAGUUUUCAUUUAUGUCAGUUCAUUCGUGUAUAAAUUGUCAUGUUUAUCA